AUGUGGCUCAUCAACACCGAAACACUCGAACUCAAAAAUAUCACGAGUCCAUGGAAGGGCUCCUAUGCUGUAUUAUCGCACACCUGGGAAGAUGAGGAAAUCACUUUCCAAAAGUUCUCGGAUCUCGCGUCGGCCCGGAACACCCGCGGAUUCACCAAGAUCGAGAAGACUUGCCAGUUAGCCAAGGAAAAAUAUGGGUUGGAAUAUGCUUGGGUAGAUACUUGUUGUAUCGACAAAACUAGCAGCGCCGAGCUGUCUGAGGCGAUAAACUCGAUGUACAGAUGGUACCAAGCAGCAGCGGUAUGCUUCGUCUACCUUUCUGAUAUGCCUCCUAACCCUGACGGGAUUUCACAUGGUCCCGGAGAGGAUGACGCGGGCAUCAAAGACCUCACUCAUGAGCGGUUGGGAAAAUGCAAGUGGUUUACUAGAUGCUGGACGCUUCAGGAGCUACUCGCGCCGAAGAACGUCGAGUUCUAUGACGCAGGUUGGGAUUUCAUCGAGACCAAGAAUUUAUGGCUUCUCGAACCUCUAUCCGAUAUCACCGGAAUCAAUACCGCAUGUUUGAGAAACGGCUCUCAGAUUUGGGAUCAGCCAAUCGGGACGCGGAUGCAAUGGGCCUCUAAUAGAAGGGCUACUCGACCCGAGGAUACAGCAUAUUGUCUACUCGGAAUUUUCGAUAUCAAUAUGCCUUUGUUAUAUGGAGAAGGAAGCAAGGCUUUUCUUCGACUUCAAGAGGAGAUAUGCAAGCAGACUAACGACUUAUCCCUAUUCGCGUGGACAACUCAGCCUGGCGAUGCCUCUUCUUUGUUUGACGACUAUCGCGGUAUACUAGCCACGCACCCCUGUGAGUUCGCUGGUUUUCGCGAAAUAGAACGUCGGCCCGAUGAAGUCACUUUCCGCGGCGAGCUGGCAGUCACGAACAAGGGUCUUCGUUUUGACGAUAUUCAGCUGUAUAACUCCGAAGAAUAUGAGAACGGGUCGGCGUGGAGCAUUUUCUGUCUGACAUGA